AUGGCAGAGGACACACAAGGGCCAGGUGCUCUUCCAGACAAUGGAAACAAUACACAAAUUCACAACGCUUCGGCCGAUUCAAACAGACCGAAACACGAACCAUCCCGGUCACAAACUGGAAAGCUAUGGGAUGCCUUCGGAAACCCAGAGGAACCUGCGAACGCGCUCGCCAAAGCGACCUACAAACCACCGGGAAAGAAUCCUAAGGAUGUGUCUUACUCAGAAGUUAUUGGAUCAGUCUCGCUAUCCGAAAUGUCAAACAUUCACAAAAGACCAUGUGCUCGAGAGUCCUUAAUGACUGGAAUCGGUGUUGGAUUUGGGGUUGGAGGUCUACGAGGUGUUCUGAAAGGACGGUAUCAUAUAUGGUCCGCAGCAAACUGGGCUGUUGGCAUGUUUGCGAUCACUUCAUUGGGGGCAUAUGAAUACUGCCGCUAUCUUCGGAACAAGGAACUGAGUGGCAUGGCUGAGGCCCUCGGCCUCAUGAACCAAUUGAAGGCCAAACAGCAACGCGAGAAGGAUGCGGCAGCAGAAGAAGCGGCAUUGCAUGCGCGUCUUGCCGAGGAGGAAAGGAAGAAGAAGAGUUGGGUGAACCCCUCAAACUACAAAUUCUGGUAG